AUGUCAUCUCUUCUUGUUCGAAAUACCAACGUGUCAGCUCUUCUUGUCUUGCUAUUCUGCUUUUGUUUAAAGUUUUGCUCUGCCACAGACACCAUCACAGCCGCUAAGUUCAUCACCGACCCUGAAACCGUAGUCUCUAAUGGCGGUGAUUUCAAAUUGGGAUUUUUCAGCCCUGCAAAUUCAACCGAUCGCUAUGUUGGGAUAUGGUAUGCUCAAAUUUCAGAGCCCACUGUCAUAUGGGUUGCUAACAGAAACAAGCCCCUCAAGAAUUCCUCUGGAAUUCUAACCAUAUCCGAAGAUGGCGAUCUGGUGGUAUUAAAUGGGCAAAAGGAGGUUCUUUGGUCAUCAAAUUUAUCAAGUUCUGUUGUCAAUUCGAGUGCCCAGCUUUUAAAUUCUGGAAACCUUAUCUUGCAAGGAAACACUACAGGGACAAUGAUAUGGGAGAGUUUCCAACAUCCUUCUGAUACAAUGUUGGAAAAGAUGGAAAUUAGUACUGAUGUUAGAACAGGUAAGAAAGUGCAGCUGACAUCAUGGAAAAGUCCUUCUGAUCCGUCCAUUGGAAACUUCUCUGGCGGUAUUAAUGUUGGUAAUCUUCCUGAAUUUUUUGUUUGGAAUGACGGCAACCCAUAUUGGCGGAGUGGUCCUUGGAACGGCCGGGUCUUUAUUGGACUACCGAACAUGAAUUAUGUAUAUCUUGAUGGAUUUAGGCUUGUAGAUGAUAAAGAAGGAACAUUCUCUUGCACUUUUUCCAUUUCGAACAAGUCUUUCCGACUGAAUUAUGUCUUGAACGCGCAAGGAAUUGUAGAUGAAAAAUAUUCCUACAAUGGGGAGGAUUGGGUGGUCACGUGGUCAACUUUGGAGACUGAGUGCGAUGUUUAUGGCAGGUGUGGGGCAUUUGGAAGCUGUAAUUCAAAGAAUUCUCCAAUUUGCAGCUGUUUAUGGGGGUUUGAGCCAAAGAAUACAGAAGAAUGGAACAGAGGAAAUUGGAUUAGUGGAUGUGUGAGGAGGACACCAUUGCAGUGUGAGAGGAUGAACAAUGGCAGUGAAAGGGGCAAAGAAGAUGGAUUUUUGAAACUGACGAUGAUGAAAGUCCCAGACUUGGCAGAUUGGUCAUCUACUUCGGAAGAAAAAUGUAGAACCCAAUGCUUGGAGGGUUGUUCUUGUAUAGCUUACGCAUAUGAUACUGGCAUUGGUUGUAUGAAAUGGACAAGAAGCUUAUUUGACGUACAGAAAUUUUCUACAGGCGGAGCUGAUCUUUAUGUUCGUUUGGCCUAUUCAGAAGUACUUGCAACGAAAUUUCGUGGUGAAGACAAGCUUGGAGUAAACAUGAAUCAAGUUAAAAUCCAAGAGCUACCAUUAUUAAAUCUUCAGGAGCUGGCAAGUGCAACAAACAACUUCCAUCAAUCAAAUAAGCUUGGCGAGGGUGGAUUUGGUCCCGUAUACAAGGGGAAAAUGUCAGAUGGACAAGAAAUUGCAGUAAAAAGACUUUCAAGAGCCUCCGGACAAGGGCAAGAAGAGUUUAUGAAUGAGGUGGUGGUGAUCUCUAAACUCCAACACCGGAAUUUGGUUAGACUCCUUGGCUGCUGUGUUGAAGGAGAAGAAAAGAUGUUGGUCUAUGAAUACAUGCCAAACAAAAGUUUGGACGCAUUUCUCUUUGAUUCAGUUAAACCAAGACUAUUAGAUUGGAGAAGACGAUUCAUCAUUAUCGAAGGAAUUGGUCGAGGUCUGUUGUACCUUCAUAGAGAUUCUAGGUUAAGGAUUAUUCAUAGAGAUCUAAAGGCAAGUAACAUUUUGUUGGAUGAAGAGCUAAAUCCAAAAAUAUCAGAUUUUGGCAUGGCUAGGAUUUUUGGGAGCAAUGAAGAUCAAGCCAAUACUAAAAGGGUUGUUGGAACAUACGGCUAUAUGUCCCCUGAAUAUGCAAUGAGAGGACAAUUUUCAGAAAAAUCGGAUGUCUUUAGCUUUGGAGUGUUGUUACUAGAGAUAGUUAGUGGAAGAAGAAACAUCAACUUUUGUGAUGACGAGCAGGCCAUGAGCCUUCUAGGAUUUGCAUGGAAACUGUGGAAUGCAGAAAAUAUAAUGGCAUUAACAGACCCGAUGAUACGAGAACCAUGCUUUGAAAUGGAAAUUUUGAGAUGCAUACAUGUUGGGCUGCUGUGUGUGCAAGAUUUUGCUAAAGAUAGGCCAACUGUAUCUGUUGUUAUUUCAAUGCUUAAAAGUGAGACUAUUGAUCUGCCUCUUCCAAAGCAACCUGCAUUCACCGAAAGGCAAAUUGGCCCAGAUGCUGGCUCCCUUAACAAUGUUACUGUUACAAUAGUUCAAGGCCGAUAGCUUGCAUGUGUUUGUUUUUUAAACAAAACACACAAUCAGCUCUGGUUACAAUGGUUAUUUAUGUAGAAAGACUUUCAGGGUUAUAUUGCCUUUGGAAGGGGAAGCCUUAUCAAAUCACCACUAGCCUUUCUUUAGGAUUAUUUGUACAAGUCUUUGAUCUGAUUAUUUUGGUUUGUGAGCUGCUUGUUCCUGGUCCAAUUUAUUGUCUAUCUAGAGAGGUAUUGGGUUAUCAAUGUGACAUAUAAUAUUUUUAUGAUGAAAUAUGACAUAGAGAGUUUAGGUAU